AUGGAGCUGCUGGAAGCUUUCUUCAAACUCCAACUCUCCUGGCUCCAGCUGUUUUCUCUGCUCUGUUUCGUUGUCAUCGCCUACAACUUCUCAGUUUUCCUGGCCAAACGAAAGGCUGUGCUCAGAAGCUUUGAAGCUUUCCCAGGACCUCCAGGAAACUUUCUCCUAGGACAUGUUUUAGAGUUUAAACAAGAUGGGACCGAUUUGUUCAAGGCGACAGAGUGGGGAAGGACCUACCCUUAUGGUUUUCCAUUGUGGUUUGGCCCCUUUCUUUGUUUGCUCAGUGUUCAUCAUCCAGAUUAUGUAAAAACCAUACUGACAUCAGCUGAACCAAAAGAUGAUUUUGUGUAUUCUUUUCUCAUGCCUUGGAUUGGAGAUGGAUUGUUAGUGUCGAAAGGUCAGAAAUGGUUUCGCCACAGACGACUCUUGACUUCAGGCUUCCAUUAUGACGUUUUAAAGCCAUACGUGCAGCUGAUGUCACAGUCUGCUAAAACUAUGUUGGAUAAAUGGGAGAAACAUGCAAAGAGCAAUGACACGUUUGAAUUAUUUGAACAUGUGAGCCUCAUGACGCUGGACACCAUCCUACAGUGUGCAUUUAGCUGCAAAAGCAACUGUCAGACAGAGGGAGGAACAAAUGAAUACAUUAAAGCAGUGUAUGAGCUCAGCAGUAUUAUUAACUUACGGUUGAGGAUGUUUCCGUACCACAACGACCUGAUUUUCCACCUCAGCCCACAUGGUUUCAGAUACAGGAAGGCCUGCAAGGUGGCUCACAGUCAUACAGCGGAAGUUGUAAGAAAUCGAAAAGAAGCACUGAAGGAAGAGACUGAGCUCGGUCGCAUACAGGCCAAGAGAUACUUGGAUUUUCUGGACAUCCUUCUCUUUGCGAGGGAUGAAAACCAGCAGGGUCUGACAGACGAAGAUAUCCGAGCAGAGGUGGACACCUUCAUGUUUGAGGGGCACGACACCACAGCCAGCGGCAUCUCGUUCCUCCUCUACUGUCUGGCCUGCCACCCAGAGCACCAGGAGCUUUGCAGGGAGGAAGUCCUUAAGGUCCUGGAUGGUAAAGACACCAUGGAGUGGGAGGAUCUUAAUAAAAUACCAUACACCACAAUGUGUAUAAAAGAAGCCCUUCGUCUUUAUCCUCCUGUCCCUGGAAUAUCCAGGAAGCUCACCAAACCAAUCACCUUUUGUGAUGGAAGAACUCUUCCUGCAGGUUUCCUUGUUGGAGUGAGCGUGUUUUCAAUGCACAGAAACCCGGUUGUCUGGGAGAACCCUGAUGUUUUUGACCCUCUGCGUUUCCUCCCAGAAAAUAUCUCAAAGAGGUCACCGCACGCCUUUGUGCCUUUCUCAGCUGGGCCAAGAAACUGCAUCGGUCAGAAUUUUGCUAUGAAUGAGAUGAAGGUGAUGGCAGCUCUGACACUAAAGCGAUACCGUCUGAUAGAGGACCCCGAUUUUAAACCCAAGAUGAUUCCGAGGUUGAUUCUUCGCUCACUCAAUGGAGUCCACAUCAAAAUCAAGCCUGUUGAACCCCAAGUGUAAAAAUGGGGAAAACCCUGUAAAACCUGCUGCAAAACAGGCUUUUAUUUAGAGAAUUGUGGGAUUUAAAAAUAUAUU